AUGAUCUCACAAGCUAUCUCUCGAAGCUACCGGGUUACUCCUACCCUUCGGCCCUCAACAACUUUUUCUAGCCGAUCUCUGACACCUCAGCUAGCACGGAGGUUCGCCUCUCAAACCGAUCAGAAGGAGUAUGAUGUUGUCGUAAUCGGUGGUGGUCCCGGUGGAUAUGUUGCGGCCAUCAAGGCUGCCCAAUUGGGCCUCAAGACGGCCUGCGUUGAGAAACGAGGGGCAUUGGGCGGAACCUGUUUGAACGUCGGUUGUAUACCCUCCAAGGCUAUGUUGAACAACAGCCAUAUCUAUCACCAAACACAGCAUGAUCUCAAAAACAGAGGAAUUGAUGUCGGAGACGUCAAGCUGAAUCUUCCCAACAUGCUCAAAGCGAAGAACAAGGCGGUUUCCUCUCUUACCAAGGGAAUCGAAGGUUUAUUCAAGAAGAACAAGGUGGACUACAUCAAAGGACACGGUGCAUUAUCAUCAACAACCUCAGUGACGGUGGAUUUGAUUGACGGUGGAAAGCAAGAUCUCUCGACGAAGAACAUCAUCAUUGCCACCGGCUCCGAGGUUUCUCCGUUCCCAGGUGGGGCGAUCGAGAUUGACGAGAAGCGGAUCGUCUCCUCCACUGGAGCGCUUGAUCUCCAAGAAGUGCCGAAGAAGAUGGUCGUCAUUGGGGGCGGGAUCAUCGGCUUAGAGAUGGGAUCGGUCUGGAGCCGACUAGGAGCGGAAGUGACGGUGGUUGAAUAUCUGGGGACGAUCGGCGGCCAAGGGAUCGACGGCGAGAUCGCCCAGAGCUUCCAGAAAAUCCUCAGCAAACAGGGCAUCAAGUUCAAGCUGAAUACCAAGGUCACCGGCCUGGAGAAGAUUGAUGAGCGCAACCACCAUGUGAAGAUCGAGUCGGCCGAUGGUGCCAAGACCGACCAACUCGAAGCUGAUGUCGUCCUGGUCGCCGUCGGCCGACGCCCCAACACAUCCGGACUCAACCUGGAGGCAGUCGGCGUCGAAGUAGACCAGCGAGGCAAGGUGGUGAUCGACAGCCAAUACAGCACUUCAGUCCCCAACAUCAAGUGUAUCGGUGAUGUCACUUACGGACAAAUGUUGGCACACAAGGCCGAAGAGGAAGGUAUUGCGAUUGCUGAAAUGCUCAAGACCGGGCAUGGUCACGUCAAUUACGAUGUCAUCCCAUCCGUCGUUUACACUCAUCCUGAAGUAGCUUGGGUGGGCAAGACCGAGGAAGAUCUGAAGAAGGCCAAUGUGAAAUAUUCGAUUGGAAAGUUCCCAUUCCUGGCCAAUUCGCGAGCAAAGACCAACGACGACUCGGAAGGGAUGGUGAAGUUUCUGACGGAGAAGGAGACCGACAAGAUCCUGGGUGUGCACAUCAUCGGCCCCAAUGCGGGCGAGAUGAUUGGCGAGGCCGUCUUGGCGAUGGAAUAUAGUGCCAGUGCCGAAGAUGUUGCCCGAACUAGUCACGCCCAUCCUACGUUGAGCGAGGCCUUCAAAGAAGCUGCUAUGGCUGCAACUGGCAAAGCAAUCCACUUCUAG